UUGGCAACGAAGAAACAGCAUACUUCAUUGCCAACUAUAUUAUUAAAAACGAGUCUUUUAAAUAAAAUAUUUUGUGAGCUCUUUGAAUAGUAAAAACAAUGAAUGAACGUUCUGUAAGUAAAUGGAUCGUUUGCCGGAUCUGCUUGAAAACAUCGGAAAAUGAAAUGAGUGCUAUAUUUGACGGGGAGUCUAAUCUUGCUGAACAAAUAGCUGACUAUGGUUCCAUCGCAAUGAAUGAAUUAAAACAUUGGUCAGAUCGAAUAUGUAAUAGAUGCCUUUUAUUGCUAAAAGCAGCAGAAAAGUUUCGAAAGCUUUGCCAACACUCAGUCAAACAAUGGCAGGAAUUGCAUCAAUUUACUGAACGCAAUCUAAAAGAGCCUGGAGAUAAGGCCGAUGAAUUUAUGGAGAUUUUGAAUAAAAAUAGUUCUAGCAAACAUCGGUCUGAAAAAACAAAAUGUGAAAAAUCUUUGGUAGUAGUUGAUGAGCCAAGCCAAGCUGGAGGCGAUGAUAAUAACUUUGUGUUUGAAGUUAUAGAAGGCUUUUCGGAGGAUUGUGAUGUAGCUGAUGAUAACAUAUUAGACUCGAAUGAGGCCGAGUUUGUUGAAAUUGAAGGUGAUGGAAUGGAUUUUUUAGAAGAUGGGAAUACAGAACAUUCUGAUGAACUGGUAUAUUACACCAACGCACAAUACGAAGAAUUUAAGGAAGAAGAAACUCUUAGUUCCGAAGAUCAUAUUGAAAAUCUCUUAAGUGAGGAGUCGACACAAAAGUUUAAAAAAUAUCAGCAUAAAGUUAGUGAAGCAGUUGAAUGUGAUUUUCAAGUGAGUACUAAAAUUGUUUCCUUAAAAACUCCAGUAAUACGAGGCCGUAAAAAAAUUACUAAUGCAACGAAAACUACGCCGAGAAAUAAAACUGAAAACGAAAGAAAUUCCACAAAGAAAACGACAAAUAAUUUUAUUUGUAGUUUUUGUGGUAAUGUUUAUAAUGAAAAGUCUAAAUUAACAUUACACCUAAGGAUACACACCAAAGAAAAACCGCAUGAAUGCGAAAUUUGUCAUAAGCGAUUUUCUCAAACUCCCCAAUUGGCUCGUCAUAUGAAUUCGCACACUGGUAACCGACCUUUCAAAUGCAAGUUUUGUGAAGCUAGUUUUGCGGAUCCAUCUACUUGUAUUAAGCAUCAACGGAUUCACACACAGGAGCGGCCGUACAUUUGCGAGACCUGCGGUAAAGCAUUUUCUUAUUCGAACGUACUCAAGGUUCAUGUUAUGUCUCAUACAGGAGAGAAACCAUACAACUGUAAAUACUGUGGAAAAAAAUUUACUCAAUCACAUCACAGGAGAACCCAUGAGCGCACCCAUUUUUAAUGGAAGAAAUAUCAUGUACAUACAUACAUAUACAACAAAAUUAUUUGUUAAGUUUUUUUUCUAUGCCUAUCGUUGGUGAUAAAAGAAAUGUUAUUAAUAAAUUCAUGUUUAUUUUUCAAA